AUGGCCUCUACACAGUCGUUCGGCAAUGCCCAAGCUGGUGCCGGUAUCGACAUGAGCUCAGGAGGCAUUGGUAUGUCCAAUUACGAUGAAGAAAAAGCGAAAUGUGCCGCUUUCCUGCUAAAUUUCACGUCGAACCUGGAUGAGCCCGCGCUGGGCCCCAAGUACGUGCGGAUGAUGCAAGAGGUGGCGAAUCGAGAACGGACGUCUAUCGCCAUUUCGUUGGACGACAUGCAAAUUUUCGAAAAAGACGACGCGACGUUCGUGACGCGCAUCGUCCGUAACGCCCGACGAUACAUUUCGCUCUUCUCGGACGCAGUGGACGAGAAUCUGCCACCUCCGACUCGCGAUAUCUCGGACUUUCAAGACGUGCUGGAUGUGCUACGACUGACUCGAGCGCAGGAAAUGGCUCAAGAUCUUCAGACCACUGACAGUGAAGGAGACGGCAGCCACGCGACGGCUUUAAAUGCUGCACACGUGUUCCCGCCUGCUCUGAUGCGGCGUUUCGAGGUGCAUUUGGUUCCUGGUGUCAAGCUGAAAGCUGUGCCGAUCCGGGAAGUCAAAGCAGCCAAAGUUGGAGCUCUUGUGCGCAUCAAGGGAAUGGUGACGCGAGUAUCGACUGUGAAGCCGCUGUUGACAGUGGCGACGUACACGUGUGAAGCUUGUGCUUACGAAGUGUAUCAGGAAGUCAAGGCGCGGCAGUUUAACCCACUGACACAAUGUCCAAGUGAACGCUGUCAAACGAACAGAGCGCAGGGUCGUUUGAUCAUGCAAACGAAAGCCUGUAAGUUCGACAAGUACCAGGAAGUCAAGUUCCAGGAACUCCCGGAUCAGGUGCCAAUGGGACACAUCCCUCGAUCACUUACAGUGUAUCUGCGAGGCGAGCUCACGCGAACGUGCGAGCCGGGCGCUCUGGUCACAAUCUGCGGUGUAUUCUUGCCGUUACCGUACUCAGCUCAAAGGCAAAUGCAAAUGGGCCUCGUUACAGAAACGUAUUUGGAGGCAACUGAUGUGGUGAAUCACAAGAAGCGAUACUCGGCUAUGGAAUCGUCAGAGGCAAUGGAGAGUGCCGUCCUGCGAUUGCAGGAAGGCGCUGAGAAUGUCUACGAGGUGCUGUCACAGUCACUGGCACCAGAAAUAUACGGUCACGAAGACGUGAAGAAGGCGCUCUUGUUGUUACUUAUUGGCGGCGUGACAAAGCGUAUGGAUGAGGGUAUGAGGCUACGUGGCGAUCUAAAUGUGUUGCUCAUGGGCGAUCCUGGUGUAGCGAAGUCUCAGCUGUUGAAGCACAUUGCUAUCGUCGCUCCCCGAGGCAUUUACACGACAGGAAAAGGUAGUUCUGGUGUUGGUUUGACGGCUGCAGUGGUGCGCGACGCAACGACAAAGGAGAUGACACUUGAGGGUGGUGCACUUGUCUUGGCGGAUAUGGGAGUUUGCUGUAUCGACGAAUUCGAUAAGAUGGAGGAAGGUGAUCGCACAGCUAUUCACGAGGUGAUGGAGCAGCAGACCGUCAGUAUUGCCAAGGCAGGCAUUACGACGACGCUGAAUGCGCGCACUUCCGUGCUUGCAGCUGCAAAUCCGAUAUACGGUCGAUACAACAAGAAGCUCAGCGCCUCGCAGAACAUCAACCUCCCGAACGCGCUGUUGUCUCGCUUCGACCUCUUGUUCUUGUUACUGGACAUUGCCAAUUACGAAAAGGAUGAAGCACUUGCGCGCCACGUCACGUACGUCCACCGCUUCUCCCGCAACCCCGAGAUGAAGUUUGAGCCUGUGCGACCGGAGGUGUUGCGCUACUUUAUUGCAAUUGCCAAGCAAUACCAGCCCAGCAUUCCCGAGCAUCUUUGUGGCUAUAUUGUUGAAGCAUAUGUCACACUACGUCAGCAGGAUGCGAACGAGCAUGCUCGUGAACGACAGCAACAGCAAUUUCGUCAACAGCAUUACGGCAACGGUGGUGCGAAUGAUGCACAGACGGCCAUGACGGCCCGUCAGCUGCUGAGUAUUUUGCGACUUUCGCAGGCACUUGCACGACUGCGCUUUUCCACGGAAGUGAUUCACCAAGAUGUCGAUGAGGCCAUUCGACUGGUAUACGUGUCCAAGUCGUCGUUAUCCGAGCAAGAUGACGCUAAUGGCACUGGACAUAAUGGCAAGACGGGCACAAACAGCCGAAGUAGUGGGUCUACUGAUGCCACGUCCAAGAUCUUUCGUUUGCUACUCGAAUUCGCCACGGAUCGCAACCUCAAAGUUCUCGUCAUGAGUGAUGUGGAGCCGGUUGUUCUGCGCAAGGGCUUUACUUCGCAGCAACUGAAUGCCUGCAUUGAUUUCUACCAGGAGUUGGAGGUGAUGCAAUUGUCUUGCAACGGCACGCGGCUCACUCUCAUCUAG